AUGGUGUUCGAACGAAUUCCGGCGGAAAAGGUGGACUCGACCGUGUUGGGCGACUCUCUCAAACUACCCUGCGGCAGAGUCGCCAAAAACAGAUUUUUAAAGGUGUGUUAUCCCCAUAGAAAAACAAAUCAGUUUUCAAUGAACACAUUGAAAAGAAUGUUGCAGUCGGCAAUGACGGAGAAGAUCUUCACCUGGACCGACCAUCCGAACACCCGCGGACAUCCCACUCAGAGGAUCAUCAGUAUGUACGAAAAGUGGGGAGCUGGAGGCUUCGGAGUCGUUGUCACUGGAAACAUUGUCUGCCACCCGGUAUUUUCUGGAAACUCUUUGCUCAAAGUUUGCUUUUCGAGACAAUGCUGGAAGCUGCGGGAAACGCCGUCGUGACCAAGGAAAACGCAAACAGCCGUCUGAUGGACCUUCAUCGCAAAUGGACCACCGGAAUAAAAGCCUACGGAUCACUGGCUGUCGCCCAAAUCACUAUGGUCAUUCGACUAGAUUUCUGUUAAAAGUGGGCCAGAGUUUAGGGAGGUCGCCAGACGCCCUAUGCAAUAGACCCUGAGCCUUACUCGGCUUCGGACGUGCAGCUCAUCGACGCAAUGGGCAUCAACAAGUUUGGGAAGCCGAAAAGUCUCACUGUAGAGCAAAUCAAAAACGACAUCGUCCCUCGAUUCGUGUACGCAGCCAAGUUUUUGAAAGAAACAGGUUGGGAAAACCAACGCAAAAAUCGGAAUUCAGACCCUUUUCUAGGCUGGGACGGCGUUCAAAUCGCUGCAGCCCACGGAUACCUUCUUUCGCAGUUCAUCUCUCCAACCACCAAUAAAAGAACUGACCAAUACGGCGGACCCAUCGAAAACAGAAUGCGAAUCGUCCUCGAAGUCUACGAAGCAAUAAGGUGCGUUACCUCUAGUUGUAUGAAAAAAUUGGAUGAGACUGAAAAGUUUAGAAAAGAAAUUCCAAAAGUCUACUGGAUUCAUCGUUGGAGUAAAAAUAAACUCGGUCGAGUUCCAAAACGAAGGAUUGAAGACGGAGGAUGCCGUUACUUCUGCGGCUUUACUCGAUGUUUGACAUCAGAUUUCCAAACUGGUCAUCAUUUUUCUUCAGAAAGCCGGUUUCGACUUUGUCGAGGUAUCUGGCGGCUCGAUGGAAGACUGGGGCUUCAAGCAUCGCGAAAAAGAGAGUACUCGUCGACGAGAAGCUUACUUCCUCGAGUUUUCCGAGAAGAUCCGACCAAUGCUGAAAAGUUCUGUGCUCUACGUCACCGGUGGCUUCAGGACCGUGAAAGGAAUGGUCGACGCAGUCAACAGCGGCGCCACUCAAGGCAUCGGACUGGCGCGUCCGUCGGCUGCAGAGCCAGGUUCGGAAAAACGUUUCAAGUAUUACAAAAAAAGUUCAAAUUUUAAAUCUUUAACGUUUUUUUUUGUCCUUUCGAAAAAACGACGCGAAUUUCAAUUUCAAAAGUUUUGGUAAAUUUAAGAAAUAAAGAAAUAAACUUGACAACGCCUCGAAAAAAAAAAUGAUCAACCAGUGUUUGAAAAUGCGGACCAAACCCAAAUUAUAUAAUAUUUCUCCAAACCACUUUCUCAAUUGGGUUUUUUUGUUUCUUCUGUGACAGGGAUAGUGAUAAAUUACCUAUUAAUAUUAUUCAGACUUGCCGAACAAGAUUCUCUCGCACGAGGCCUACUCGGCGCCUGACAGCAAGUUCCCGCAGAACGAGCACGUCGUGAGUCUGCUGGCCGCCUCGAGCCAACUCUGGCACAUGGGAAGUCAUUCGCUGGCACAAGUCCACGAGUAACUGAGAGUUGUCAAUGACGAGCCUGAGAUUGAGUUUCAGCCCCACGGCGGACCUUCCCGACUUCUCAGUGCCUGAAGAAGCUGCCAAAUACCAGAAGGACCUCGGCGCCUACUUCGGCGACUACAUCGCCAAAGUUCAGAGAGACGAGCCCGUCUAUGGAACUUUCAACUAUGUUCCUUACCUAACCGCAUAG